AUGGCAAUGGAUCUCCGCAGUGAGUCCACGGACUAUCGGAUGGAGCUCCUUUCGCCUAUGAGGAUGGAAGCAGCCAUGAUGAUGCAAUCGACCAAGCCAUCAUGGAGGAUCAGCGUAAGUGAUUUCGAGGUGCCACAAGUUCCCAAAGAUCACACCUUCGGUUCCUAUGUGUUCCCUAUGACUCUCGGAAAGAAAAGUAAAAUAGCCAAGUACUAUAAGAAGCAGCAGAAGCUUCUGGAGGGAUUGAGUGAAAUGGAAAGCUUCACCGAACUAGGUUCUUUGGAGGGAGCUCCUACAGAGGAUGAACUAAAACAGCUAGCAAACAGUGAAAGGAUGGCAAUUAACAUUUCAAACAUAGCUAAUCUGGUCCUUUUUGUGGCGAAAGUGUAUGCAUCAAUUGAAAGCAAAUCCUUGGCAGUGAUUGCUUCCACAUUAGACUCUCUUUUGGAUCUUCUAUCGGGAUUUAUUCUUUUGUUUACAUCAUAUGCCAUGAAGAAGCCUAACCAAUAUAGUUAUCCAAUUGGAAAAAAACGAAUGCAACCAGUGGGCAUUAUAGUUUUUGCUUCUGUGAUGGCUACUCUUGGCUUGCAAGUACUAUUAGAGUCUGGUAGACAGCUCCUUGUGCAGGCCCACUCUGCUAUUGAUCAGACGAAAGAGAAAUGGGUAAUCGGUAUCAUGACUUCAGUUACCAUAGUGAAAUUUGUGCUCAUGCUUUAUUGCCGUAACUUCAAGAAUGAAAUCGUUAGAGCUUACGCACAAGAUCACUCAUUUGAUGUCAUGACUAACUCCAUUGGUCUGGCAGCAGCCUUGCUUGCCAUUAAAUUCUAUUGGUGGAUAGAUCCUGCUGGAGCAAUACUGAUAGCUGUGUACACGAUGUGUACAUGGGCGAGGACUGUUAUGGACAACGUAUGGUCGUUAAUAGGGAAAACGGCACCACCCGACUUCUUAACAAAGUUGACAUACCUCAUCUGGAAUCACCAUGCAGAAAUCAAGCAUAUUGCUACAGUUAGAGCAUAUACUUUUGGUUCAGAAUACUUCGUUGAGGUGGACAUUGUCUUGCCUGGGAAUAUGGUUUUGAGCCAAGCACAUGACAUUGGUGAAACACUGCAAGAAAAACUUGAACAGCUACCAGAAGUUGAGCGCGCUUUUGUACAUGUAGAUUUUGAGCAUAGUCGUGGACCUGAACACAAGCCUAAGGUGUGAUGUUACUGAAUUUGGACGUGAUACCACCAAUGUUUUGAUAGCUUUUGCUAGGACAUACGUUUAUUGCUAGUUACAGAAUGCAAAAGCUUACGCGCUGAUGUAAUAUAUAUGU